AUGGCUCCACGACGUUCAAGGCCUCCUGAGUCUGACGACGAAGAACUACGGCCGAACACCCCUUCCUCCGCCGCCCCUCAUGAUCGCAAACGCAUCCGAAGACGUGUGAACACCGUCGAGGAUGAGAACGAGUCGCCUGCAGAGCAAGUCUCUGCCCCCCGCAAUUCGCGCAAACCGCAGGUGAUGCGGGUGAGUGAUUGCAGCAGCGACGACGAUGACGACCCCAAGACAGGCCACCAGCCUGGUGCCAUUGUCCGUGUCAAACUUACAAAUUUUGUCACCUACACGUCUGCUGAGUUCUUUCCCGGGCCAAAUCUGAACAUGGUCAUCGGGCCGAAUGGCACUGGAAAAAGUACGCUCGUCUGCGCCAUUUGCCUUGGGCUCGGGUGGCCACCUAGCUUUCUCGGACGUGCAAAAGAACCUGCAGAAUUCGUCAAGCAUGGAUCCAGCGAGGCCACGAUCGAGAUUGAGCUGCAGCGACCGCUCAAGCUUAACAGAAAUAUUGUCAUCAAACGAGUGAUAGAAAGAGAAGGCAACAAAUCUAAAUUCUUCUUGAAUGGGGGUGCAUCUUCAGGUCCCGCUAUCAAGUUGUUGGCGGGCUCACUCAACAUCCAGAUCGACAAUCUGUGCCAAUUUCUCCCCCAGGACAAAGUCGUAGAGUUUGCCCAAAUGAGUCCCAUUGAACUUCUCACCAGCACGCAACGAGCCGUGGCCGGAUCAGAAAUGAUCAAAUGGCACGAGGAUUUGAAGAAGCUUCGCAACCACCAGACCGACGUCAUGACGGAUGAUCGGGAUGCGCGAGAGCAACUCACAAAUCUGGAGAACAGACAAGCAAUGCAACACGCAGAGGUGGAGCGGAUGAGGGAGAGGGCCACGGUCAAAAAGAGACUUGUGGGCUUGGAGAAGUUUCGGCCGCUGGUUCAUUACCACAAAGCCAAGGAAAAUUUUCUGGUCGCGAAACAGAGGAUGGCGGACUUGUCAGAAGAGAUCAAACGCCUCAGGACCGCAGCAGCUCCCGUCCUCCGAAGUCUUGACGCCAAAAAAGAUUACGAAGUCAAGGCGCGGGCAUUCAAAGCAGCCUGCGAGAAGGAGCUAGCCGCAAGCGUCAAAGAUUGCGAACGCAAAUCGAGAGUGGUCGAGGAGAGACAAGGCGCCAUAAACGACCUGAACAACGAGAUCCAGGCAGAGAAGAAGGGCGUCCCCGAAAACAGGGCAAAACUACAGCGGGAACAGAUGAAGCUACAAGAGCUCAAGCGAAAGAAAGCAGAGGUUCCUGAAGCCUUCGACUCUCGGGCUAUGAAUGGCGAAAUUCAGGAGCUCCGGACCCGUCUGCGAGCAUUGGACGAUCAAAAAAGUGAGCUGGAGUCACGUAGGACAGAAUUGGCAGACCGUGGCGACAGAUCAGUCAGACAGUUCCAGGUACUCAAAGGACAACUCGCAGGACUCGAGACGCAAGUCGGUCAACAAGAAGGUAAACUGGAGAACCUAUCUCGCGACACCUUGAAAGCUUGGAAGUGGAUUCAAGAUCACCGCAAUGAAUUUACCGCCCAUGUGUACGGACCGCCGAUUGUGGAAUGCUCGCUCAAAGACCCACGCAUGGCCGAUGUGGUCGAGUCUUUCCUGCAAACCAGCGACUUCAAGUUCAUCACGGUCCAGAACAAAGCUGAUUUCGCCCUCCUCCAACGCCAGUUAUUCCAGGGCCUCAAGCUCCACGACGUCAGCCUCCGUGAGUGCUCCACCGACAGCCUGGAGCAAUUCCGUCCACCUUUGACGGACGAACAAAUGGAGCGAUUCGGGUUGAGCAGCUGGGCAUUAGAUCAUUUGCAGGGCCCGCCGACCGUCCUGGCUCAACUCUGCCAUGAACGAGCCCUUCACAGGUGUGCGAUCAGCUCCAGAGAGCUUAGUCAACAACAGCAUGAUGAGGUGGCGAAAACACACAUACAAAGUUACGCUGCAGGGAGAAAGACCUACCACUUCAUACGACGUGCGGAGUACGGUGCAGCGGGUACGUCUGCCAGAGUCCAGGAUAUGCGUCAAGCCAGGAUGUGGACAGAACAGCCGGUGGAUAUGGGAAGAAAAGCUGCUUUGCAACGACAGAUGAGUGAAGUGAAAGACGAGCACGCAAUGUUCAAGUCUGAAUCCAAGAACAUUGACAAGGAGCUGGGGCAAGUCGAGGAGAAUCGAAUGCUCGUUCAGAAAGAGAUUGAGGCCAAGCAGGAAGAAAAGGCUGCCAAACAACAGGCCCUCUCCGAAUGGAAUGCUCUAGACCCCAAGAUCCAAAGUCACGAAGAUAAAAUCCGGACUUUGAGUCAAGCGCUGGGCGGAGUCAGGACUCGGUUGAAUGAGCUCAAUGACCGGUAUGAUGCCGCUCUCCUGGACAAAACUGAGGCCGUCCUCGACUUGAUACCUGCCACGAGGGAUGUCAAGUCGAAGACUGCUCGCAUGCUCGAAGCAGAGAUCUUCUACCUGGAGGCCAAAUCGGAUUUCGAGGUGCUCAAAGCGCACAAUGAUCACAUACUCCGGAGCAUAGGUGAGAGAGAGGCCGAGCGGAAUACCGCGAACGAAAUCUUCACCGAGGAGCGUGAUCGAGCCAAGAAUCUUCGCACGGUCGCUCUACAACUGAGGGCAGAAAGUGAAAAAAUUGCAGAGGAAGGCGAUAGCAGCCUGGUCGACCUCAUGGAUCAUAUCGUCCAAACGGUCAAAACGGAAGAGAAUCUGGAGGCCGAGAUCGACGCCGAGAAGGCUAAGCUGGAGUUGACUGAGGGAGGCAAUGCUGGCAUCAUCGCAGAAUUCGAGGAACGAGCCAAGACAAUUGAAAGGUUGAGGAACAAAGUCCGAGCGGCCACCCAGCGUCGGGAGGAGUUCAGACACGCGAUUGGAGAGAUUCGGGGCAAAUGGGAACCCCGACUGGAGGACAUUGUGGCCAAGAUCAACGACGCCUUCUCCGACUCGUUUGCGCGAAUUGGGUGUGCUGGGCAGGUUGCCGUCCACAAGGCAUCAUCUGAUAAUCCCGCGGACUGCACCGAGGAGGACGGUGGGACGGAGAAUGGCCUCGACUUCGCCAACUGGGCCAUCCACAUCAGCGUCAAGUUCCGCGAGCAAGAGCCCCUGAGUCUUCUCGACAGUCACCGACAGUCCGGCGGUGAGAGAGCCGUCAGCACCAUCUUCUACCUGAUGGCUCUUCAGAGUCUAAGUCGGGCGCCAUUCCGGGUGGUCGACGAGAUCAAUCAGGGCAUGGACCCACGAAAUGAACGCAUGGUGCACGGCAGGAUGGUCGACAUUGCCGCGGACGACGGUGGUAGUCAAUACUUCCUCAUCACCCCCAAAUUGCUGAGCGGUUUGAAGUACAGACGUGGGAUGACAGUGCUGUGCAUCGUCAGUGGCGAAAACAUGCCUGCUGCCCGAGAACGUGACGAGGCAGGCAAUUGGCAUGACGGACCGAAAGUUGAUUUCCGUUUGUUUGUGAAAAGGGCCAAGCAGAUGGAUAUGGGCCGCUUUGCCGAGGGAAGGAUGAUCGACUCCGGUGUCGGUAUAAAUGGGAGCUUUGACAGCACGGGCCAGUCAACAGUCGUUGGGGCGUGA